CGAUCCCAGUCAGUCAGUCGGAGUAGGAGUUUCUUCUCGUCUGUCAUUCAUCAUUCCAGAAGUUAUUAAAUUUACGAAUUAAUUUAUUUGGGAGUUUUUUGACGAACCAAGUAAAACCUGAAGUGACACCCUGCUGCCGUGCAAGUUGAAAAAGUGUAAGGUUUCCUGAAACCCUUCAUCCGGCAAAAUCUGAGUCACCAAAAACAAAUUGCCAAAAUGACGGACGCGAAAUACUUUACGACGACCAAGAAGGGGGAGAUUUUCGAGCUCAAGUCGGAGCUAAAUAGUGAUAAAAAGGAGAAGAAACGGGAAGCAGUUAAAAAGGUAAUUGCAUCCAUGACGGUUGGAAAAGAUGUUUCUGCCCUGUUUCCCGAUGUCGUCAACUGUAUGCAAACAGAUAACCUCGAGUUGAAGAAAUUGGUGUAUUUGUAUCUCAUGAAUUACGCCAAGAGUCAACCAGACAUGGCAAUUAUGGCUGUCAACACGUUUGUCAAGGAUUGUGAAGAUCCAAAUCCUUUAAUUCGAGCUCUGGCUGUUAGAACGAUGGGUUGCAUUCGGGUGGAUAAAAUUACCGAGUAUUUGUGUGAACCAUUGAGAAAAUGUUUGAAAGAUGAGGAUCCCUACGUUCGGAAGACAGCUGCCGUCUGCGUCGCCAAGUUGUAUGACAUCAAUGCCCAACUUGUGGAGGAUCAAGGGUUUUUAGAACAGCUCAAAGAUUUACUUAGCGAUUCGAAUCCAAUGGUGGUCGCGAAUGCAGUUGCAGCAUUAUCUGAAAUUAAUGAUUCUAGCCCCUCCGGGGUUCCAUUGGUGGAAAUGAACGCUCCCACAAUCAAUAAACUUCUCACCGCCUUGAACGAGUGCACGGAAUGGGGUCAAAUAUUCAUUUUGGACUCGUUGUCAAACUAUAAUCCAAAAGAUGAGCGAGAGGCACAGAGCAUCUGUGAACGAAUAACUCCACGACUGGCUCACGCGAAUGCUGCGGUGGUGUUGUCUGCAGUUAAAGUGCUAAUGAAGUACAUGGAAAUGAUCAACGACACUGAGUUUGUGACCGUUCUUACCAGGAAACUUGCACCACCUUUGGUUACAUUGUUGUCUUCAGAACCAGAGGUGCAAUAUGUGGCUCUGAGAAACAUCAAUUUGAUUGUGCAAAAGCGACCCGACAUCUUGAAACAUGAAAUGAAAGUGUUCUUUGUCAAGUACAAUGAUCCCAUCUACGUAAAAUUGGAAAAACUCGACAUCAUGAUCCGGCUCGCAUCUCAAGCAAACAUUGCACAAGUUUUAUCUGAAUUAAAGGAAUAUGCGACCGAGGUGGACGUCGAUUUUGUGAGGAAGGCAGUCCGAGCAAUUGGACGCUGUGCUAUAAAAGUAGAACAAUCUGCUGAGCGAUGCGUUGCGACAUUACUGGAUUUGAUUCAAACUAAAGUGAACUAUGUGGUUCAAGAAGCUAUUGUGGUGAUCAAGGACAUAUUUCGAAAAUAUCCCAAUAAAUAUGAAAGCAUCAUCUCGACCCUAUGCGAAAAUCUCGACACUUUGGACGAACCCGAAGCUAGGGCCUCGAUGAUUUGGAUUAUUGGAGAGUAUGCCGAAAGAAUUGACAAUGCUGACGAAUUGUUGGAAAGUUUUCUUGAAGGAUUUGCUGAUGAAAACAGUCAAGUUCAGCUUCAACUAUUGACUGCAAUUGUGAAAUUAUUUCUCAAGCGUCCAGCAGACACGCAAGAGUUAGUGCAGCAAGUCCUAUCUUUGGCAACACAGGAUUCUGACAACCCUGAUUUGAGGGAUCGAGGUUACAUUUACUGGAGGCUUUUAUCCACCGACCCUGCAGCAGCUAAAGAAGUUGUCUUGGCAGAGAAGCCUUUGAUUUCAGAAGAGACAGAUCUGUUGGAGCCGACCUUGUUAGAUGAGUUGAUUUGCCAUAUUGCCAGCCUGGCGUCCGUGUAUCACAAACCUCCCAGUGCAUUCGUCGAAGGGAGAGCUGGGCUAAGGAAAGCACUGCCGGCAAGGGGCGAAGGUGGUGUAGCGUCUUCUUCUGUGGAGACAACGAGUGCUCACCCAUCCGUCAUUCCGUCACACGACACACUAAUUGGUGAUCUUUUGAGCAUGGACUUGAACCCUGUAGUCCAAACAGCAGCUCAACCUGCUUCAGGAUUUGGUGGGGGUCAUGUUGACUUGCUGGGCGGUGGUUUGGAUGCAUUGUUGGAUGUUGGCGGAGGUGGUGGGAUGUCACAAGCUGCACCUCCUCCUGGAGGUGGUGGUCUGCUGGGCGACAUAUUUGGACUUGGAGGAGGAGACCAAUCGGGAGCAACGGUUAUGCCAAAAGUACUCUGGCUGCCAGCAGUUAAGGGGAAAGGACUCGAGAUUAGUGGGACAUUUAGUCGCAGAAAUGGACAAAUAUACAUGGACAUGACAUUCACAAACCGAGCAAUGCAAACAAUGUCUGGAUUUGCGGUUCAAUUUAACAAGAAUAGCUUUGGACUACUUCCUGCACAACCGCUCCAAGUUCCAGCCCCACUCACGCCAAAUCAAUCCUGUGAAGCGUCUUUGCCCCUGAAUACUACUGGUCCCGUGCAGAAAAUGGACCCAUUAAACAACCUUCAGGUGGCAGUCAAGAACAAUGUCGACGUACUUUACUACGCGUGCUUGGUUCCGAUGCACGUGUACUUUGUUGAAGAUGGUCAAAUGGACAAGAGAGUCUUUUUGCAAACAUGGAAAGACAUUCCAACCCAAAACGAAGUUCAGUACACGUUGACAAAUAUGUCUCAUAGUUCUGAUUCUGUCGUUCAGAAGAUGCAACAAAACAACGUCUUCACAAUAGCAAAGAGAAACGUGGAAGGCCAAGACAUGCUUUACCAAUCAUUGAAACUCACCAAUGGAGUUUGGGUGCUUGUGGAAAUUAAAAUCCCACCCGGUGGAAGUGUCUACACUCUAAGCAUUAAAUCCGUGACCGUGGACGUGGCAGCCGGUGUCUACCAAGCUUACGAAAACAUUCUCCGGUCAUAAUUCCGACCUGUGCCGACAACGUUCCCAUCAUGAAUUUACUAGAUUAUUAGUUUAACCUAGAUUUAACUAUAUAUCUCUAAAUAAUCUACAAUUAUUUUGAACUGAACCACACAAAUCAUGUUUCCUUUUCACAUAAUUCCAGACAUUUGUUAUUACGUAAUCAUAGCAUUAUAUAAUGAUAUCCUACACCGGCCGUCGUCGCCACCCCCAUCAUCAUCAAGAACACCAAUGAUUAACUUAUUUUAUCUCUAAAUUAAGUAUAAAUUUCUGAAAUAAAUGUAGUGAAUCAGACUCAAAAA